CUGAUCCCCCUCUCCAUCCUCCCUUCUUCUCUCGGCUCCCACCUCCUCCCAACCGAAGAAGUCCUCUCCCUCUCCCCCUCCAUCGGCCUCUACUCCAACUCCAUCAAGCUACCCCACCACCAAGACGGGACCAUCUACCUCACCUCGCACCGAAUCAUCUACAUAGACUCCACUUCUCCACGCACCAAAAGCGGGUAUCUCAGAUUGGACGAUGUCAAGCUUACAGAGUACUAUGCUGGCUUUCUCAAGAGCUCGCCAAAGGACGAAAUGGCAAUGACCAAUGGUAUGGCCACAAUGGGAAUGAGUGCAGGCAAUACCGCUUCAGCAGCAGCAGAAAGCUCAGCGGCGAAUGGCUAUGUUAGCACCGCGCCGGUGCAGGUGCAGGUGAGGUGGGUAUGCUCGGUAUGCGGCUUCAGCAAUCAAGGCGUAGAAGGUGGCACAGAGUCAUGCCAGCUCUGUGGCGUACGGAGAGACCCGUCAGCAUCGACAUCUGCGUCAAAGGCGCCCCCUCCUAUCUCGUCAGCACAGCGGCUAGGCCCGCCAUCGCUUAGGACAUCUGCCGCAUCACUACAAUCCACACCACCUCCACCAUCACCACCCAUCCCUACCUCGGGGCCAGAAAUCGCUUGUCCCGCCUGCACCUUCCUUAACCACCCCUCAAUGCCGAGUUGCGAAGUCUGCGGCACUUCUCUGAGUACAGCGCAGCUCCCCGCUCCGAUCCGGAGUGCUCCAGUACCGCCCUCAGAGGCCAACUCCCUCCCCACCACACCGGCCAUCUCAAGACCUGCUACGCCCGCGGCCCCGAAAGGACCCGUGGGGGAGGUGACUGUCAAGCUCUCCUUCCGCAAGGGAGGCGAUAAGGCUUUCUAUGAAGCGCUCGAUAGGGCGAUGCGUCGCGCAGCGUGGAAGCGGACUGCCCCGACGAGCUCAAUAGAUGCAGCUCGUGACCCAUCGCGACCUUCCUCUGCUGGGGCGGUCGUAGGUAUCGAUGGACUACUGAAUGCCUACUCGCACAAGUCCGCCCUCGAGUCCUCGGACAUGUCGACUGCCCUGCAGGACCUUCGAGGUCUAAUGGCAAAAGCAAAGGAUAUGGUCGAUCUAGCUGAGUCUCUCAAUGCUAAGCUGUCCAAGCGUGAGGCAGAGCAUGCAACGGGCGAGGCUAGCGAGGAUGGAGAAGGUGGAGAAGAAGAGGCAGCCACGCUCAUCCGAUCUAGUCUUGUCAAGUUGGGAUUGCCCACGACGGCAGUGACAAAGGAGAUGGCAAGGGAUGAAGAGGAGUACCACCGCGAGCUCGCAAGAGAGCUUGGAUAUGUACUUUUGGGAGGAAGGAAUGUUGGGAGUGGCAAUCGUGGAGCAGUAGGCUCUUCUACUUCGUCCUCGCCCACCUCCGAUCGACCCCGACCCGGCAUCCUCACCCUCGACGAGAUCUGGUGUACCUGGAAUCGCCUACGAGGAAUUGCCCUCGUCCCACCAACCACUCUCCUCUCCACUCUCCCCUACCUCGUAGCCGACCUCACACAACCCAGGAUCUUCUACACCACUUUACCGAGGAGUGGAUUGAGGGUUGUGCAUCUCGAGGAGUUUAGCGAGGGGAGAGUGAGGGAGAGGGUAUUGAGAAGUACCGACUUUGGGCGUCCACUCACGACACUGCAAGUCGCUCAAGCAGAAGGGAUCUCCAUCCUCCUCACACAGGAGUUGUUGCAUCUCGUUGAGAUGGAGAGCGGAGCGAUUGUGCGGGAU